AUGACAGCCCGUCCUGCCUAACUUCCCUGAUUUACCUCUCUGCUCCUCCAACUACUACUUCCCACCUUGUCACCGGCUAGAGAAUCUAGCAGUACAUGUCUCCAAAUCCCACCCUCUCUCUCUCUCACACGCACACAGGCGACACCCACUUCUCAUUCCCAUGAUUUCGAGUCUCUUUCAACGCUGAACCUCUAUAUAUAUCACUCUCCGGGUUUAUCUGGUGUCCUUGAAAUUGGAGGCCAUGACAGAGUCCAUAGAGAUCCCAGACUGCCGCUACCCAACAGAGCCCACCUUGGUGAAGCCGAGCAGCACCACACCAAGGCACACCCUCUACCUCUCCAACCUUGAUGAUCAGAAGUUUUUGAGGUUCUCGAUCAAGUACUUAUACUUGUAUAAGAGAUCGGUGGAGGUGGAGGUCUUGAAGGAGUCCCUGUCCAAGGUUUUGGUGGAGUACUACCCUUUAGCAGGGAGGCUCAGGAUUAGUGAGGAGGAUGGGGAGAAGCUGGAGGUGGACUGCAAUGGGGAGGGGGCUCUCUUUGCCGAGGGGUAUGUGGAUCUCUCUGUGGCAGAAUUUCUAGAAGGCUCGCGAAAGCCCAACAGGUCUUGGAGGAAGCUCUUGUACAGGGUGGAAGCUCAGAGCUUUGUCAGCGUUCCUCCACUUGUUGUUCAGGCGACUCAUCUAAGCUGCGGCGGGUUGAUACUAACUACCUCCAUCAAUCACUGCCUCUGCGAUGGCAUUGGAUCAGCUCAAUUUCUCCAUGCAUGGGCCCAAAUCACCGCGAAACCUAAUGCCAAUCUCCCGGUCACCCCCUUCCACGGCCGCCACGCGCUGAAGCCCCGAACGCCACCCUGUAUCCCCUUCUUCCACCCUGAAUUCAACGGACCGCCGGCCGGCGAGCCCGCCGUGGAGCUCCUGACCCAACUCCUCCUAUCUCAGCCGCUAGUCCCGGUCGCCGUGACCUUCACCGCUUCGCAGAUCCUUCACCUCAAGAAGCAAUGCGUUCCCUCCAUCAAAUGCACCUCCUUCGAAGUCCUAGCUUCGCACGUGUGGCGCGCCUGGAUCAGGUCUCUGGACCCGCCGCCCUCUCUUCGCGUCAAGCUCCUCUUCUCCGUCAGCGUGCGCAAGAGGCUGAAGCCCGAGCUUCCACGAGGCUUCUACGGAAAUGGUUUCGUGCUAGGCUGCGCGGAGACUUCGGUGGACCGGUUGGUGACAUCCAAUGCGCGCUACGGUGUGAAGUUGGUGCAGGAGGCCAAGGCGAGCCUCGACGACGAUUACAUUCGGUCCAUGAUCGAUCUCUUGGAGGCGAGGAGGGGAAAGCCGGACCUCUCGUCGACCUUGGUCAUCUCGCCAUGGUCGAAGCUUGGAUUGGAGGACCUGGAUUUCGGGGUAGGGAGGCCUCUUCACAUGGGCCCUCUGGCUAGCGAGAUAUACUGCCUCUUCCUUCCCGUGAUCGGAGAUCUGCAUGCCUUCACCAUGCUGGUGUCGGUCCCUCAGAGCAUCGCCGACCGCUUCGAACAAUAUUGCCUCAAGGGAAUUGGCGAAAGGGAAGAGAAGGAAGAUGGAGGGAAGGAGACUGGAGGAAGAGGCUAUUAGCCUUAGCUCAUUGUGGUGUGCUGCUUCAUCCAUCUCGUGCUACCAUAUUUAAAAUUCCGUUAUAUCCGUUAUAGCCUUAUAGGCCCAAAAGAAGGGGAAUUUAUCUGGCUUGUGACGCAUCUCGGCAUAAAUACGAAACACCGAAGGGGUCUGCAAAAACUGGUCGCACCCAUUUGAACCUAUUCUACUGAAGUAUCUAAAAGAGGUCUGCAAGGCUAUACAAAUUGAAUGUCAGAUCUCUUCUUGAUCCUUAUCAUAUAUAUGUAUUUAUCUUCUAUGGUUUUAUGAUUACUUUUGAUUAUUAUCUUCUUUA